CCAGUAGUUUAGGGGGGGAAAAAAAAAAAAAAAAAAAAAAAGAAGACGAGAGAGAGAGAAAGAGGGAGGGUAUCUGUUUUGUAAUUUUUAUCUUUACAGGAUUCCUUUUCCUCUUUCUCUAUCUAUGAGGAAGCUUUGUCCUAACUAUGACAAAGAAGAUGGGCUUGACACCGUCCUUGAAGUUCCAAUCCCCGAGGAAAUGUUCAACAACAUGGGCAGCAAUGCCGCUUUACGCUGGCAGAAUUUGCGAGCUUUGAUGAAAGCUCAAUCCGCCGAAAAUAAAUCUGCUUCUGCUUCUAAUAAUAAUUCUCAUCUCUCAUCUCGUUCAAACAAUGAGUUUGUAGCUCUGCUUAAACUUGUUGGUUCUCCUCUGAUCCCUUUUCAGGUCCAAUCAGACGACGCUCUCACUCGUCCUAUCAAUGAUGCAUGUGAUUCCAUUGAAGCUUCUACUGCGAAAUAUAUAGUACAGCAAUAUGUAGCGGCGACGGGAGGAUUGCCGGCGCUGAAUGCAAAGAGCAGUAUGUAUGCAGUUGGGCAGGUGAAGAUGGUGGGUUCGGCAAUGCAUGAGGGUGGUGGUAGUAUUCGAGCCAAAGGCAACAAUGAAGUCGGUGGCUUCGUGCUUUGGCAAAAAUACCCAGAAAUGUGGUACUUGGAAUUGGUUGUUUCCGGAUUCAAGGUCUGUGCAGGAAGCAAUGGCAAACUUGCUUGGAGUCAAUCUUCCUCUCAACCUUGCCACCCUAACAAAGGCCCUCCUAGACCCCUGCGUCGCUUCUUCCAGGGAUUAGAUCCGAGGUCCACAGCAAACUUGUUCCUGGAAGCGGUGUGCAUUGGAGAGAAAACCAUAAACGAAGAAGACUGUUUCGUUCUAAAACUCGACACGGCCACGAACAUGUUGAAAGCACAAAGUACGGACCACACGGAGAUCGUGCGGCAUACGAUAUGGGGAUACUUCAGCCAGCGAACAGGACUGAUUGUGAAAUUUGAAGACACCAAGUUGGUGAGGAUAAAAUCGGUAAAGGGGAACGACAAUGUGUUUUGGGAAACGAGUAUUGAGUCGGUGAUUGGAGAUUAUAGGUACGUGGAUGGGAUUAACAUAGCUCAUUCAGGUAAGACUUCCGCUAUGCUUUAUAGAUAUGGAGAAGCACUUCACCAUAAGAGGAAGAUUGAAGAAACGUGGAGGAUUGAAGAGAUUGAUUUUAAUAUUCGUGGUUUGUCCACUGAUUAUUUUAUGCCGCCGGCUGAGUGCCUUAAGAAGGAAGAUAGUAGUGGGAUUGGAGAGAGCUAAUUAAAGAGAAAUUAAAAAAGAAAAAAAAAAAAAAAAAAAAAAA